AUGCUCGCUGCAGGGGUCGGAGGUCAAGGCGAGCGUCUCGCGGGCCGAAGGAGGAAGAUGGCGGUGGAAUCGCGCGUUACCCAGGAGGAAAUUAAGAAAGAGCCAGAGAAGUCAAUUGACGGCGAAAAGACAUGCCCGCUACUGCUGCGAGUCUUCACCACCAAUAACGGCCGUCACCACCGAAUGGAUGAGUUCUCCCGCGGAAACGUACCCUCCAGCGAGCUGCAGAUUUAUACUUGGAUGGAUGCAACUUUGAAAGAACUGACUAGUUUACUAAAAGAAGUCUACCCAGAAGCUAGAAAGAAAGGAACACACUUCAAUUUUGCAAUUGUUUUUAUGGAUCUUAAAAGACCUGGCUAUCGAGUUAAGGAGAUUGGCAGCACCAUGUCUGGCAGAAAGGGAACUGACGAUUCCAUGACCUUGCAGUCGCAGAAGUUCCAAAUAGGCGAUUAUUUGGACAUAGCGAUUACUCCUCCAAAUCGGGCACCACCUCCUUCAGGGCGUAUGAGACCAUAUUAAAUUUUAUUUACUAUCUCUCGAAUUUUUUUUUCAGCCAGUUAUGUAAAAUAAACAUACUCUUUCCUCCCCUGAUUUUUGCCAUUAAGCCUUUAAAUUCUAAGCAAAUUGUAAUGCAUCUAUUUAGGAGUUAGAUUUGGAUGUACUAUGAGUAUGAAUAUUAAUAGAAAGUCUGUAUGUUUCACGCCUCUGUAAAAUAUGAAGAAAAGUGCUCUUAGCGUUCUGUGUAAAACUUGUUAAAUAUAUGUGUACAAUCAGUCUAAGUGUGAAAGUCAAUGGAGGCAUGGGAAUAGGUUUUCAUCUCUUAUAUGAAGUUUAUACAAAGUAGUACAGGUGGAUAUUUUAAGUCCCAAAGGUGCAGAGCAAAAAUACCAUGAGAUUGUAUGAAAUUUAGCAUAAAUUUGUGAUGUAGCCUAGAGUAUGCAGUUAGAAAAAGGGCCUGUGACAGUGAGGCAGCAGAGGUUUUUGGGAAUGGUAUGAGCUGAAGCAAGUUGAAGGAAUUGUGUUGGAAGACAUGGCCUGCCUUAGUUUGGUGCAAAAACAACAGGUUAGAGAACAGUGCCAUGGUAAGAACUUUUAUGCUUUAAAAUGGGGGCUAGGACAUUUUGAAGGCAGAAACUAAUACCAAAGAAAUAAGGGUUAGAACUUAGGGU